CAGACGACGACCUCGCACUUUCAGACGUUCCCCACCGCUCAACACUCGUUACAAUGUCACUUCCCAGAUCAGCGUACGACCCACGCAGGGUGUGCGUUAUCCCAUUCCCAAUCACUCCAUUCCUGAGGCACAAGCGUGCCAUUGGCGUGUAUGCCGCUGGUGCUCUCUUCGCAAUGGCCCAAUGGCUCUUCUUCGACGCUGCCAUUCUCUCUGCUCACGCUAAGCCCCCGCCUGAUGCACCAUACGAUGAAGUCCCCGUACACGUCACAUUCGUCGACUGGAUCCCGGGCAUCUGCAGUACUCUCGGCAUGCUCGUCGUCAACCUUAUCAACAGGGAGCGGCUGCUUGGUGAAGGAGGGAUAGGUGGGGGAUGGGGUGAGGGCGGCGUUGUAUGGCGGGCAAGGCUAUAUCUGUUCCUUGGCUUUGCGCUCAUGGCGGGCGGUCUCGCAGGCAGCGUGACAAUCCUUGUGCUGAAGUAUAUCAUCCCCGACUACCCCGAUAAGUACGAGUACUACGGCGUGGCGAACGUAGCCCAGAACGUUUGUAUCAUGUUCUCCGCUGUCGCGCUCUGGCUCGCCCAGAACACACAGGGCGAGUACGAGUACCGGUUAGCGCUGUGAGCUCCUGUAGGACAUCAUUACCACUUCUUCUCAGAUAGUUAAUAUUAUAACAUG